UCAAGUCCAAAGCAACACAGGCCAGGCCGCGUAUCUAUUCACCACCAUGUGACCGAUCAUGACCCUGACGCCCCCAACCAACCCCCCACCAUCCAUCCAUCGAGACAGGGUUGGGCUGGGCUGGACUACCCCUCAUUGGCUCAAGCUCGGGGCAGCCACCGCCAGCUAUCUCUGAGCUUAAUCCUGCUUCAACACUCCGUCAUCAACUCCUCCACCUGUCUGGGCCAUUGUCUUCUGCACCGAACCUUACCCUCCCAUAUUGCACCAGCCCUCGCCAUGUCUAACCCCGACCCGUCCACCAUCACCGUCGAAUCUCUGCCAGAAGUUCUGAAAGAUGACCUGGCCGUCAAAGUUGCCGGAAUCGAUGUUGACGGCAUCCUACGGGGGAAAUUGAUGGCCAAGUCCAAAUUCCUCUCCAUCGCCAGCGCCGGUUUUGGCUUCUGCAGUGUCAUCUUUGGCUGGGAUAUGCACGACCAGACUUACUUCCGCGAACUCGCCAUUUCCAACAAAGAGAACGGAUACCGCGACCUCAUUGCUAUCCCGGAUUUGACCUCCUUCAGGAGGAUUCCUUGGGAGAACAAUGUCCCCUUCUUCCUGAUAAGCUUCCAUGAUCCGGACACAAAGCAGAGCCUCAGUGCCUGCCCUAGAAGUAUACUGGCGAGGCAGGUCGACAAGUUGAAGAAGGAGGGCUACGGCGCAAUGGCUGGAGCCGAGUACGAAUUCUACCAGUUCCGUGCGCCCCAAAACCACGACGGCACCGAAAGAAACUCGUCGUCCACCGCAACUUUUCUGCGCGAUAACCCCGUCGACGCGCUACCAUCCCUCACAGAAGGCAUGUUCGGGUACAGCAUCACUCGACCGGUUCACAACCAAGAUUACUACUAUGGGAUUUUCGACGCAUGCGCCAAGUUCAAUUGCGGGAUCGAAGGAUGGCACACUGAAUCCGGCCCCGGAGUAUUUGAAGCCGCUCUAGAAUUCGGCGAAAUAACUGCCAUGGCAGACAAGGCCUCGCUCUUCAAACUCGUCGUCAAGUCCCUCGCCUCCAAGCACGGCAUAACCCCAUGCUUCAUGGCAAAGCCCCGCGCAGGUCUUCCAGGAAACAGCGGGCAUAUGCACGUAUCCAUCGUAGACUCUGCCGGCAAGAAUCUCUUUGCGCGCGACUCUGAGGAUCCUUCCCCACCAUACCCAGAUGUCCGCCAUCUGUCCGAUCUCGGCCGAUACUUCCUUGCGGGUCUGAUCGACGGCCUCCCGGAUAUCAUGCCCAUCCUUGCGCCCAACGUGAACAGUUACAAGCGACUCGUAGAAAACUUCUGGGCGCCUGUAACGGUCAGCUGGGGCCUCGAGCACCGCGCUGCCUCCAUCCGACUCAUCAGCCCACCUACUUCUUCCGCAAAGGCUACACGCUUCGAGGUCCGCGUGCCCGGCGCCGACACGAACCCGCAUUUUGUGCUCGCUGCCAUCCUCGCGCUCGGCUGGCGAGGUGUGGAGAAGAAAAUGGAAAUCCCUAUCCCUCCGCUGGGCAAGGGUGAGGAUGUCGGUGGGGAGAGCGAUAAAGGGGUUCGGUUGGCUAAGAGCUUGAAAGAUGCUACCGAGAGGUUUAUGAGUAAGGACAGUGUUGCGAGAGAGGUGUUUGGCGAUGAGUUUGUGGACCACUUUGGAGGAACGAGACAGCAUGAGAUAAGGCUGUGGGAUGAAGCGGUCACGGAUUGGGAGGUGAGGCGGUACAUUGAGGCGGUGUAGAAAGAGUCUCCAAAUUGAAGACGCGGCUGGUGGGAUUUUUUUUGAAGAUCGGUCUAGUUUG